UCUCAUAACCAAUCGCGUGGUGGAACGAGCUGGAUGUCCGUUGAGGCGCAAUUGUUGAGUAAACUAAAACAGCACGCGCUUCGUUGAUCGUAAAUUCAAUAAGCUAAAUAAGCCGCGCCACGCAAAGUAACCGACCGAAGGAGAAGUUCAAGUUCAACUUACGAAGUUCUGUUUACGCAGUGUGUUCAAAGAAAGGGUGUGGUGAGAACCCGCUAUCGUACUCAGGUAUCCAAAGGUACCUACAGCUAAGUGUGAGAAAUAUUGCACCCACUCUUGAGGAUGACAUCGACAGUUCAAAUUUUGAUGAGCUUAUGUCUGUCGAUCGUGCUGUCGCCAUCGUUUGAGUCACUAGUGCAGGCGCAGAUGACCAAAAAGCGCUGCAUGAGCCAACCCAAUGUUUCCAAAAAGGUGGACAAGGUGAUACACGAAUGUCAGGAGGAGAUUAAAAUGAGUCUAAUUGAAGAUGCCAUACGGGUAUUCAAAGAGGAUUGGCACGAUCGCAAGAAGCGAUCGGUUGAUGACGAAGAAGGUGUUCCACAUCCAACCGUGGUUUCACAUGAGGACAAAUGGAUCGCUGGGUGCCUUAUGCAAUGUGUGUACCGCAAAAACAACGCCAUCGAUAAAAACGGCUGGCCCACGUUGGACGGUUUGGUCAACUUGUAUACUGAUGGAGUUAGCGAGCAGGGCUACUUCAUGGCUACGCUGCGUGGUGUCGACCGAUGUCUGAAGGGGACCUCCAUGAAGUACAAAGUGAAACGGAAUGAUGUGGCAGACAACUUCGAACAGUGCGGUGUUGCCUUCGAUGUGUUCGACUGCAUUUCGGACAUGAUAACGGAAUACUGCAGUGAUCAACCGAGCCACGAAUUUCAUUAACCUAAGAAGUCAUCAAUCACCAAAAGUACCUAAAAUUAGACAAAUAAAAUACACGAAAGUGAAAUCUAAUGUUAAUAAAAUAAUGAAAAACGUUA